GCAGAAGCAGAAGCAGCAGAAGGAGCUAAAAGCCAAGAAGAAUCACAGCUGUGUGGUUUCUGCAAACAAGACAUCCAACUGUGACACAAUGAAAGUGGCCGUUGUUUUCGUUCUGCUCUUCGCCACCGUCCUCUGUCGGCCGGCCAGAAAGGUUUCCGCCAGCAGCUCAGAGAGCUCAGAAGAAGUGGUGAGACGACCUGCAGCUGCUUUCAUCAGGAAACAGGCCGCCGUGCCUCCACCGGCCCCAGCUGCACCUGUACAGAAUGUCGAAGCCGCUGCUGCUGCCAGCUCUGAUGAGAGUACAGAGAGUUCAGACGAGGACGAGGCGGCUCCAGAAGCAACAGCUGAAGUUAAAUCCGACAGUUCAGACACGUCUUCAGUGUCGGAUACAGCCUCCGUUAACAGCGAGGACAGCGAGGACAGCGAGGACAGCGAUGACGAUGAUGAUGAUGAAACAGAAGAAAGCGAAACUGAGGAGGAGGAAGAUGAAUCCAACAGCGAGUCUGGAGAAUCCGGCGAGUCCUCUACUCCUUCUGCUGGGACCGUCACCCCCGUGGUCAUCACAGAGGAGCCCGUGGCCGAGACCACCUUGGAGCCCAUCAUACCCACCAUCGUCACCGACACCGAAACUGCCCGUGGAGACAACCUGGGAGGCUACCCCAGCGACUACAAGUCCAUCAUCUACGUAGAGGAGAAAUCCUACCACAAGCUCCCCUCCCCGUACAAGUCCUACGAGUACGUUGACACCGGAAAGAAGACGGCCUACGACCAGACCGACGGCAACGAGGUGGAGAAGUCUCUGAAGGUGUACAAGGUACAGGCUCUGCAGGUCCACUCAGACCUCCUGGAGGAGGACACCAGCACUCCAGAGGUGGAAAGCCAGGGCCUGGAUUCCUCCUCCGGCACCUCCCAGGACCAGGACAUCAGUGCCCGCCAGGCUUCCCUCCCAGAGGAAGAGGAGAGUGCCAGCGCCAGUGACGCCACCACUAGCGAGAGUGAGAGCUCCAGCACCCCAGAAGAAGAAGAGGAGGAAGAGGAGAGCGCCAGCACCAACAGCGACAGCUCCAGCGCUAGCCAGGAGUCUGAAGAUGAGGAGAGCCAGAGCAGCGAGGAGGCCACGGCCACGCCCGGAGCUGCCGACAGCGACUCAGAUGAGACCGACAGCUCAGAGAGUGACUCAGAUGAGGAGGCGGCCGCACCUGAUGCCACCACUGACAUGCCAGUGGUCAUCACCGCCAAAUAAGUUCCGCCCACACCGGAAGUGAUCACAUACAGCAACCCACUCACCACAGGAAAAUGUUGACAUUGUACAUUUCUGCAAAACCAUGAACGUGUGUAAUCUAAAUGUAAACCGUCACUGAAGGAUCUGCCACCUUUUGCCUCUCCUCGAUGGGCAGGAGGUGUUCGAGGUGAUGGUGGACGAACAAAACUCAGGACUUUGACACCAGAGAGUUCAACUCCUAAAUGCUACAGGCUUAGGUUUAAGUGUGGUUAGGGUUAGGAAAAGGUCUCGGUUAUGUUUAAUAUAAACUACUAAGUUUAUAUCCAUGUUUCCAUUCAACUGUCAAAAAAAAAAAAACAAGCAGCAAUUUAAGCAUGUUGCAAGUUGACUGGGUGUCUGAAGAUGACUGCAGUCUAUGUUACACAUGGCUGUAAAAAACCUAGUAGAAGUAGAACGUUCAGUCGUUGCCUUCUUUUUUUGGUGUUUUUUGUGGAUGGAACUGAAGAAUAAUUGUUUCUCUUCAUUUGUCUACUCCUCAAACAAUGGAUCAGUCAUGUGAAUAUACUCCAUCUUCAUUUACAUGCAUUAACUUUUCGCACAAUUAAGCAAUUUUUUUUUUUUGUCUCUUCUAAGGCAACAUUAAAAAAUAUGCACUGAUGGAAGCAUGGUUAUUGUAAAUCCUUUGUGAGUCUGUCAAGGCCCUGGUACCUUUCUCUAACUCUAACCAAGUGUUGCCUAUGCAAAUAGUGAAAUAAUGCUGGGAAUGUAAAGGACAUCAGGAGGAUGAGUACCGAAUACGAAUCCAGGAAUUGCAGAUAUAUAAAAUGCUAAGGUUUUUUUCUGGUGAAUGGGUUGUGUAAGAGUGCACGCUGCAUCCAGGUGCAAUUAAAACCCCUUCAGAGCUGCUUUCCACUGCAGGGCCCAACAGGGACAGCAAAACUAACUAUCAUCAUACACAUUGAUUUUAAGUCAAUCAAGACGUCUGAUUACAGGGAAAUCCCAUCGUGUAGACUGUCUGGAACAUCCUGGCCCUGAAGGAGAAACGUGGUCGGUGUAACUUCUGACGACUGCUACCAACAAAAAGAGGUUAAUGAACCUCCUGACCUUUGCCCCCUCCCAUACGUUACUGCAGGGCAAAGAGUCAAAACAGCAUCCAAACGUCCUGACAUCAACAGCAGCGAACACAGCAUUUACUUAUGAUUAAUUAAAGGCAAAGUUACAAUGUUAUUGUGCUUAAAAUCAAAUAAAAGUGCAGUUUAUUUAAAUCUCUGUAAUCAUUUCAUGCAUAGCACCAUUAAAGUUGACUUUAAGCCACGCGUUUGCUUCCUGUGUGGCUUAGCUUCGUUGCUCGCUAUAUGAAAUCAGCUGGUGUUGAUAGAAGGACGUCCAGGACGGGCUUUAAUCAGGUUUAGACGCAACACACAGACACGUACAGCACAAUCCUGUUCAUUUGCACAGUUCUUACUUACACUACAUGUUGUUUGUCCCAUGUUGUUUACUGUAAUGUAUCAUAUUGUACCAUUUCUAAAAUAUGAAUAAAGUUCUUUUUCAUAAAACCAGA